AUGCCGCCAUCGCAUUCCUCAUACACAGCAAGCCCGACGCGCUUCCAAUCACCCCAACGCAGCCCGUCGCGUCCGCCCUCGCAAGAUGGAUCGCAGUACGAGAUGGAUCUAGACGCCUUAGGCCUCAAUUCGACAUUUGAAUCGACAGAGCUUGAGCAUAGCCAUCAGCCGCCCGUUGACCGUGUAGACACGAGCGAGAUCGAGGGACCAGAAGAUUUCACCAUGAACAUGACCUACUGGAUGACGGCCGAUCUGCCCCUGGCGCAAAUCAAGUCGCGGAAAGAGGCCAAUACCAAGCGCCCGACGGCAAGGAUGGAUGCUAUACCAGACGGCAGCGAAGGGCGGCAGGCGACAGAGGUGGGUGAACCGGUAGUUGUAGUCGAAGAGCCCAGGCAACGGUCAGACAAGCUGUCUCGUACAGCGUCACCCAAUAGGCGCGCAAACGGCUCGUCGGAAGAACGACGGCACAGCAAAGCGGUGUCGGAACGAUCGAUGGAGAAUGAUGAAAAGGUUCGCAGCUUCCUCAGCAACCUCCCAGACACAGAAAUGGAUGGCGCACUCACCGGAACGCCACUCCAUGGGCCCCGGCGUAGUUUCUUGCAGGUUCCUAGGUCUUCACCACCAAAGGCGCGAUCACUGCAACCUACCGUCGAAGACUAUGAUACUCCGCGGAAACCCACCCUAGAGACCGUCAUACGCCAUACGUCGGCCAUCAUUGAUACGAACGAACAGGACGUCGCCCGCAACAAGAUUGCAGAGCUACAGCAUCAGCUCGAACAGCAAGAGUCGUCUUCGAGGUCGCGCAUCACAGAACUCGAAACCAUCUUGUCGUAUACUCGUUCCGAGCUCGAAAGCACCCGUGCUGAGAACUACAAACACAAGGAAAAGUUGUCGAGCCUGGAAAAGAGCAUGCAGCGUCAGAGUGCUGAUCAUGAUGCAGCUCGCGCAGCUGCUGAUGUCCGCUUGAAGUCGCUUGAAGAAAUCGAGCGCCAGCGGAACAAUCUCGAAGAUUCGAACCGACAGCUUGCGGAAGAGAUCAAGACAAAAGACCAUAGCCUAGACGAGGUGCAAGCGGAGUUGUCGCACGCUAGGCUUUCGCAUGAGCGGGAGGUCCAAGACUUGAAAGGCACAGAGGUACAACGGUCUGAUAAAACGGACGAGAGUGCGGAGAAUAAACGAUUGUUGCUGGCCGAGCAGCUGUCUUCAGUUCAGGCACGAGCCAAUGCUCUUCAGUCCAAUCUCCAAACGGCGACAGCUGAAGCAAAGCUGGCACGUGAGGAGGCACGGGAAAAGAAUCAAAUAUGGUCUGCAGUCGAAGCAACUGCCUCCGAGCAGACUCGACGCAUUGUUAAGCUUGAAGGGGAACUGCAAAAUGUGCGUUUCGAAGCUCAGUGUGCAAAGGCUGAUGCCGCAGCUAAGCAGCAAUUGUUCCAAACAAAUCUCGAGCUCAACACUCGUCUUCGUGCGCUCCAGUCUGAACUCGAGAGGGCGCAAAAGGACUCUACUGGGCACGGCCAGCGCACUGAGCCUGAUGAAUUAGAGGCUCGAAUUAGCUCUCUCCAAUCCCAGCUGGAUUCCUCACUUCGAGCUCGAAUUACGGCUCCUAGGGACGAUCAGACUACCAAUGAUGGACAGCCUCGCCAGGUUGUUGAGCUGGAGGCUCGUAUACGAUCUCUCCAAUCCCAGCUUCAAUCUGUGCAGUCUGAGCUCGCAACCAAGGAUCAAGAGAUGAGAAAUAUUAUUGAGGAGCAGGAGCAGGCUGAGCAUCGAAUCAACAUGUACCAGGGCCGCUUGCAAAGCCUAGAAGCUGGCAAUGCUAAUCUUCGCCAACAACUAGCAGAAGCACACCGUGAAAGUGCUCAAGCAAGAGGCGAUGCUGAACGAUUUGAACGAGACUUGGAAGAUGCCAAUGAUCUGUUGAAAGAGGCCCGAGCCGAGGCAGACCGCCGUGUCAGCGACAUUGACAAGAAGCUCAGCAAGAUGAAGGAAUUGAAGGCCGAGGUCGAGACCAAGUUUAAAGAAUUACGAGCGCAACACGAAGAUAUGAUUGAAGAACACGAUACCACAAUGGAAGAAGUCCGCGACAAGGCCGAAGAUGCCGUGCGCAAAGCCGGCGCACUCCUGGAGCAAGAGCGCAGCGAAAAGCGACGCAUAACACGAGACCUCAAGCGGAUCAAAGAAGAAGUCGAAACACUGCGUAACAGUGCAGCACAACAGGUGCAGAGCCAAGACGAUGACGAAUCCACUGUGGAUGACCAUGACACGAUAACCAACUCAUCCGCCACGGCUACCAAUGCUCAAGCUACGGAGAUUACUAGUCUCCACAGCAUCAUCCGCACCCAACUUGCCGACAUCAAAACUCUCAAGUCAGAAGUUUCGGCCCUCCGUAAAGAAAGCAAGACGCACAAGUCCACGCGCUCGGGCUCCUCUCCUUCCACCAUCUCUGUACUCGAAUCCACCAUUUCCGCCCUCCGCGCAGAAAACGCAUCUCUCCAAUCUCUCCUCGCUACCAAAGAAGCAGACCAUGAGGCUGUGAACAAAGCCAUGGAUGAAAAAUUGGCAGUUUUAUUGAGUAAAGUGAUGAAAGAAAAGGCGAAGACGCUCGUGGGGAAACGCGAUGGGCAGUGGAGUGAGAGUGUCCGGGAGUUGGAGAGUGAGAGGGAGAUGUUGGGUAAAGUAGUAAUGAGGCAGUGGGGGAGAGAGGAAUUGGGUAUUGAAGAGGAGAGGGAUACGAAGGAUGGAAAGCAGGCAUAUCGGUACAAGUAUGCUAAGCGGGCAUGA